CAUUUGUUGUUAUUGUUGCGUUUUUGUGUUUUUUUUUUUUGUUUUUCGUUUAAACGUCAAACGUUUUGCUGGCAUUUGUGAACUGAGAACAAACAACAAUAGUAACGACCAUACUGCCUAUAUCAAGAAUAAUAACAACAAUAGCAACAACGACUUUUACUAGAGCGUUAUCGCAACGAAAGACGACAGUAAACAUAAGAAUAGCAAAAAAAAUUGCAUUUUCUUUUAUUGUUCUCUUGAUUUGUUAACGAGCGAAAGCGGCGAACGACAGGCAAGCGGACCAAGUGAAAAUGUUACCAGCAACUGUAAUUAAAUGCUUCACUUUAACCAAAAGAAUUUCGUCUUGGACGAAAGCGCAAUUGAGGCAAACCCACCAACCGCCAUCCUUAGUAAUGGUACUUUGCCUUAUGUUGGCCCUCGGCCAAAACACCGAUUCAGCAGUAACCGAUUCACCCAUUAAAAUUAUUAAAUUACCUGCGCAAGCUUCAAUAGUACGCUUUAGUCGCAGUGAGCAAGAAUUUCCAUACGUUAGCAAUGGAACAAAUAUGGAAUUAUUAGAAACAACUACCACAUGGUUGGACGAUGUCACAGACGAAUUAGAAAUUGAUUUACAAAAUGAUGCAACCGCUUCACUGUUUAAUGAGGAAUUGAAUUUUAUGUUGCCACCAAGGCAAAACCGUGCCAGCAUUUCGAAUUGUCCCAGAUCUUGUCCGCCUAGUUUAACGGUUGGCGCAGAGCCGGUGUGCGGGUCAGACGGUUUCAUUUACGCAAAUCUAUGUGAUAUGAAAAAGAAAACUUGUUCGCGUAGCGGAGCCAUUAAGGAUAUUAAAAACGGUUGUGAAAGAGCUCGUGGAUCGGAUUGUAAACAUCGCUGCUCCACCGAAAAAGAUCCGGUUUGUGGUACGGAUGGUCGUACUUAUUUAAAUCGAUGUAUGCUGCGAGUACAGGCUUGUCGCAUUGGCUUAGCAGCCGUGAAAAUGUCACAUGUAGGCCCUUGCAGUAAUACCAGUGCAAUCCGUGAAUCUUGUCCGGUGGAUUGUAACAGCGCUCCUAAGGAUGGUCCUGUUUGUGCGUCCGAUGGUAAUGUGUAUAAUUCCACCUGUGAAAUGAAACUGCAUACGUGUGGACAAGGAGUAGUUAAAACUAGUCGUAAACAUUGUCAAUCCACUCGGAUGUGUCGUGAAUCAUGUUGGCGUGUCGCCAGACCCACAUGCGGAUCCGAUGGUCGCCUCUAUGCUAGUCCCUGUAAGAUGCGAUCUUCAAAUUGCGGCAAGCACGUAUUCGAAGUACCCCUUUCAUUCUGUAUGGCUCAGGAACGUCAUGGUAGCCAGGUUGAAGGUUGCCCCACCGAAUGUUUAAAGAACGACGGAGAGGUUUACGUAUGCGGAAGUGAUGGUAACAUUUAUUCGUCGCUAUGUGAGUUAAAAAUGCUUAAUUGCGGACCGCAACGUAAGUCCAUACAAAAGAUGAGCAUGGAUAAAUGUAAGACUCGUCUGACUAGAUGUAAACAAUUGCCUUCGUGCAAAGAUUUUAAUAAUUUAUUUGGAUCUAUAUUCUCCUCGAAGAGAAAUGAUAAAUUGUGCGGCACGGAUGCAAAAACGUAUAACAACGAAUGCGAACUAGCUCAUGCUACUUGUUUGAGAGGUGUUAACUUGGCCCAUGUGGGAUCUUGUACCGAUCUGAAAACAUCCCUUAAAGAUUGCGGAGAACGUUGCACUCGUUUGGAUAUUGAAAGUGGACCCAUUUGCGGCUCUGAUGGCAAUACGUAUGGAUCAAUGUGUGAAUUUAAACGUCGAACGUGCAAUUUUCGUGUGGUGCCAGUUUCUUUAAAAAAUUGUCUCUUAACAGAAUUUUGCGAAACAGACUGCGAUGCACAACCGCCGAAUUUUGUAUGCGGCUCUGACAAUAAAUUCUAUAAGUCCGAGUGUCAUAUGCGCAAAGAAAAUUGUGGCAAACAUGUCUUUGUUGUUCCGCUGAAACGAUGUCUAAGUAACGUACAAUACAAGGGUUGUGCGCGGAUAUGUCCACCAGACUAUGAGCCGAUAUGCGGCAGUGACAAUAUGACAUAUUCGAACGAAUGCUUAUUGGAAAUAGAAAACUGUCGCACAAAUAGUACUAUAACUAUACAAUAUUAUGGAGCCUGCGGUCGGCCUGAUGCACCGUCAACAAAUUUUUUGUAUUAGUGAAAGAUUACGGGGGAAUUGAAAAUUCAUUCCCUUUAUAUUUAUAAUAAUAAAAUAUUUAUUUCUUAGAUAUUAAGUGUUAUACAGUAAGCAAAGACAGACAUCUUCUCACCAUCAAGUUAUACAUACAUUUACGCAUAUAUAAAUUUAUUUAUAUGGAUUU